GGCAAGGAGUGCUCUGGCUGUCAGACGAGAAUGGCAGGAUAACUUUCGAUUUUAGGGGCAAAACACAAAGUCCACCAAAGUAAAACUAAAUGGCCAUCUGUUAAAUUUUUCCCUCUCUGUUUUCCCUCAAUACACACAUCAACAUGACUACCCAGAUUUCUGCAAACCAGGAGCUCUUCCUGGACAUCCUUACCAAGGAGGAAAAGGAGGCUUUGCUCAGCAAAAAAAUGGAAGAGAUCCGCAGAAAAAAUGACCUUCUCCGCAAACGUCAUGAGGAAAUAGAAGCAGAUAAGCGAGGUUCUGGAGGUGGGCCCAUAAAAAACAGACAGACUUCUCCCACGAAGGAACAAAAGGCAAUUCCUGAGGUUGCUGAUAGAGAUGAGAACAAACGACAGGAAUUACCACGACCUCCUAAACCUGCUGGUAGAGGGAAACAGACAGAUAAGAAGAGGAAAGACAAGCCAAGAGCACAGGACAAACGUGCACGUGCCAUGCGUGUGGUGUCUAACAAUGAGGGUGCACGUGAGAGCCAUGAUAAUGUGUCUCUAGUGGAGGCCUGGAACAGUGCAGUUCACAGAGACACGAACAAGCCAUUCAUCCAUGGCUUUCAUCACAAUGGUUUUCAGAGGCCCCUGUCUGCAGACUUCCAUGACUUCAAUCGGCAGCCAAAUCGCCAGAACAAUUGGGAAAACAGCAACAAGUCCGGGUCGCCAGAUGUCCAGGAUUACCAAAGGCACAACCGUCAGGGUUCAGGCAAGGACAGAGACCAUAAUGUUCAGCGCAGACACAGCUUUCGAGAAAACCAGAAUCAGAGGUCUUACUACAAACAGUCGUCAAGGGAGUCUGACCAAGACAGGGACAUUCCUAGGUACAACAAACAGUCAUCUAGGGAAUCUGACCCAGAUAGGGAGCUUCCUAGGUACAACAAACAGUCAUCUAGGGAGUUUGACAUAGAGAGGGAACAGAGGUCACACAACCGGGAUAACAACCGGGACAAGCGAGUUCAGUUUCAGGACUCUGAAUUUGAGCCUCGUCGUAAACGUACGCAUGGUGGUGCUAGCUCUCCUCCGCACAAGGAACCCUCUGCUAAUGGACCGCCCCCUGAUCCUGCCUAUAAUUUCCUGACUGAUCGAACCCGCGAAUGGGCAAACACAGUCGCAGAGAGGAACCAAGAGCAAAGCAACAAUUACACGAGGCAUCCAAAAAACUUUGGUGGCACAGAUUUCACAAAUGUGAAAAACAAAAUGAAAGUUGUAAAGGAACGCCAGGAGAGAGGUAGAGGUGGACCUCCUAGAUCUAAGAUGGAGAUGGCUAUGGCAAUGACAGGCCGAGAGCGACGGCAGUACAUGGAGUGGCGAGCAGAGCGUGAGGCGGUGGACCAGGCCAGAAUUGAUCGCCAGAAAGCCUCUUCUGGGGAAUGGCGACGAGAGUGGGACAACGAAAAAAGUGCUAAAGAUUACGAAGAUCAAGAGAAUCCCAAACGAUCAGAACCUGCCAAACGACCAGCUGGUCGUAUAGGCAGUGGUCGAUUUGACCGCGGCGAGCGAGAUGAGAGACAGAAAGGUGAGAUCUGUGAGCAGCCAGGUACUGCUGGUACUGGUCAGUCAGAGAAGGCACCAAAUCGACAAAGGGAUAGUGAAGGAAGCAGACCCAGAGAGGGUGAAGCUCAUCCUCGCAAACGAGAAGAAAAUGACAGAGAGGGUCCACCGCGACCAAUGGGAAGAGGUCGAGGCAGAGGUCGAGGAAGAGGUCGCCCAGGGAGUGGGGAAGUGAAGCCCCAGAGGGUGAGGACAACUUCAGGUGAGGAUCGCAAAGUAGAAACACAGCACGACCUCCUUGUUAUUAAAUUGGACAACUCACCUGGAAAGGUGAGUGAUGGAAGUGUGGAGAUUGAGUAUUCAGAUGGUGAGACACCCAAUAGUACAGUCAUCACCACUUCCUCUGGCAGAUUGCCAAACUCUCGCACAGCCCAAACAUCCACAGAGGAACUGUGGUGGGAUGAAGAGGCAGAUGACCUCCUCACAGGCAGUCUGAUAGGCGAGGACGGGGAUGACAUCUUCGAGCAUAAGGAGCUGUUUGGUGAGCAUGUAAGUUUAGAAGAAGACCAUGAUGGUCUAAAUCUCCACGACAAUGUACAGGAAGACCAGUUCCUGUAUGAUUAUGAGGAAGGCCAGUUUGAUAGUACGCCUCGCCAAAGUCAAAGUCAGGGUGACACAGAUGAAUGGGAGGACUGCCCAGAGGAGGAAGAGGAAGACCUGGAGAACCAUGCUAAAUCAGAUGUAAUAAAGAUCAACUGUCACCUUAACCCAGAGGCACCGGAGUUCACACCCCACUCUCCUCAUUCCCCUAUCUCAGACACAGCUGUUAACAAAACCUCAGGAAAAGCAUCUGCAAGUAAAGCUGCUGGUGCCUCUUCUAAACCCCAACACACUCCAAAUGCCAAACUAUCAAAAGCUGCUACUAAAAGUGAUGUAAUAGCUAAACAAGACAGUGGAUCCUCAGGGCAGAAAAUGAAGAAAGAGGUUCAAAAAGAAGACAGAGCUGCUAAGACACCACUCAGUGACAGUAGUGAUAGCAAGCAGAAAUCUGCUGCAGUUGAAAGUCCAAAAGUGGAUAGCAUGCAGAAAUCUGCAACAGCAAAGAGUACUAAAAAGAUUGAUAAACAGAAACCUGGCGAAAGUCCAAAGAAAAUCAGUGGACAGAAAUCAGUUCCACAGAAGGAUGUUAAAGUUGAGGAGAUGAAAGACAAAUUAUCAUGUGAUGCACAAAACAUGGUCACUUCUCAAAACAAGGAAGAAGAUCGUAAAGUGUGCACAUCCUCUGAAGGAAAAGAUGAAGGUAAGGAUUCUCAGGAGGAAGUAGUGUCCAAAACAGAGGAGGAAACAUCCUCUAAACAAGAGGAUCACGUACACUCUGAAGUGAAGGACAUAUCCUCCACUCAGGAGGAAGUGCCGUCCUCCUCAGAGGACAAUAGUCCUCAGGUAAGUAACACACCCACAGAGAAGGGUGAUGUUAAACCACAGAUGGCCGAAAACAUUGACAAGACGGAGGGAAAACUCACAGAAGUCGACAGCCAGACACUGAACGACUUACCAGACGAGGCAGCACAAGUCUCAGUUGUGGACGACUCAGGUAAAGGUGAGGAUUGUAAGGAUCCCGAGAACCCCAACCUUCCACAGGAGAAUGAAGAUGCUGCCUCCUAAGUUCAUACCACAACCAGUGCUAAUGAUCUCCUUCUUAAGCUUGGAGUGCAGAAAUACACCAACACUGAAGGAGAUCAAGCACCCAUAAUCCAUCUUUCGCUGACCAGUAGUAAAUGGUCAUUCAUGUACAGUAGUUAAAGCAUCAUCUGACCUGUAUGUGUGCAGCUGCACAUGUACUGCUUUCUCAUACUGUGUGAAGCAUUAAUACAGAUGACUGGAUGUCUGUGGACUGAAACUAUCAUGAAAGUUGCUACAUGUUGUAAACAUUGGAUUAUCUCCCUUCCAUCAUUGCAAAUCAAUAUAUUGAAUUUACAAGGAUUUGGAUUUGAAUCAAGUGACCUGUCUCUUUGAUAAAAGUAGAACCAUAAAGACCUGUCACUCUGUACUUGUGGUAGUAUAAAAAGGCUAAUUAGUAAAAAAAACAUUUUAAAAUGCCAGAUACAUAGUAUUGUACGUUUUGGUAUAGGACAUUAUCUGUCGGAACAUUCACUUGUAAUCAGUAAGAUCACACAAGUUCAGAGUGAAAAGUCUUUGUUGUGGUGUUCUGUAUUAUUUGUUGGAUAGUUGACAGAAAUAUUAAGGUAAUAUAUCAGCUGACGUCAUGGAGAUGGCCUGGAAUUCUUGCUUACCAGGUACAAAGUUUGGUUGAGUGACCUUGAAAUGGAGUUUUGCAAAGUGACCUUGAUACAUUGUUAUUGUAUUGAUUGAUGGUCUUUUCAAGUAUUUAGUGUUAGAUAUGUUGAUAUAGGUAGAUUCAGACAUCUUGUGGAUGAUAUCCAGAUCAUUUUGCCUAACUUUGUUCUAGAGUCUUGUAUCUAAUAUAAGUGUGCUUGCAACUUAAUAGCUACUAAUGCUCGAAGAUAAUGUUCUGUGUGCCAAAAAAAUUAAAGGAAAACACACUUUCCUAUUCUAUUUUUUAACAAUUAUAUUGUAUGAAAUUUUCAUUCAUUGGAUGAAUUUUUAAGAUCUUUUUAAACAAUAUCUGUGAUAGAACAAUGAUGAUGGAGAAAAAGUUAGGUCAACAAAGUGUUUUAUUAAGUUACAAACUAUAUCACUGCCGUACUAUCAGAGAAUUUUUAGAAUGACUUUCUCUAAGCUGAUAUUAUUGUCAAUUUUGAUGCAUCUUGUGUGCACAACUGAACAAUAUUGUAAUAUUUAUACUCAAAUAUACCUGUGUGAGGCCUAAAUGUGUUUCAGUGUUAAAUUUCUGCCAACACUGAGGAAGUAGUCGUAACUGUUUUAGAUUAAACUUGCUUUAGCAGUUGUACUUUUGAAAAUUCACAUGUAUUAAGUACUUAUUAAAUUUUGAAUAACAAGCUUUGUUAAAAAAGAUAAAAAGCUUACAUUCUUUUCACCAAAUAGGGCAAGUAUUUUUGUUACAUAAGCUGUGGUGUUGCGUUGAAUUGUAGGGCUUGACACUGUGAUCUGUGCUUGACACUGUGACCCAUGCUUUCUAGAACCUUACUAGGGUAUAUGAUUUGUAAUGAAAGAUGUUGUGUAUGAAAUCAUUUUUAUCUCAUUUUCCAUCAUUUUUAAUCAUUGAAGUGUUGUUAUGCGAUGAACACAUGGUGCUUAGGUGGUAUGAUUACCUUAACUCAUGAAUAUGAAAUAUGUACAUAUCAGAAGUACACAUGAAUCCUAGAGAGGAGGGGAAAUAUAAAACUCAUAACUAUAAUACACAUACUACUACAGUAUACUCCUUUUGAUAUGUACCCAUGGACUUUUAACCUUAGUUUUACUUUGAUCUUGGAAAAUGUUAGAAAAGCAAUUUUUGUUUUAUAAAGUUUGAGAUAUGUUACAGGAGAACAUAUAUGACAACUACUUUUUUUUUUUCCUAAUUAGAUUUAGUAUCUAUAUAAUCCUUUAUUGGUUGUGGGUCAAUACCUCUCUGUCUCGGAGUUAGACAAUUUUGUUAUGUUGAUUUAGAUAAGAUGAUGACAUACACAAGUUUUGGUAAUGAUUACACAUCUUGUGAUGAUGAGGUACACAAGUAGUGCUGUGCUGUUAGUAAUGAUAAGUUAGUACAUUAGGUUGAAGAAGUCAUCAAUUUUAGAGGAUUUUUUGUGCACAUUGUUACGAAAAUAGACUUGCCAGAUGGAAUUCUUUAAGGAUCAAUUUUCUAGAGGAGCAUGUUGUCUGCAAGUGUGGCAGAUGUCAUUAUACUGGGAUUUGUGAAUAGCUUUGUUGCAUACUAUCUUGAAGGGUUUAUGCAUGAAUUUGAGAUUUUUUUGUAUACAAUGUGUUCAAUAAAUUAUCCUGAUGGAUAAAUAUGCUAUGUGAUAUAGGCAUAGAAUGGAAUGGAUUAAUAGUCAUGCGUAAUAUAUUCUGUAUUGAUAUAUUUAUUAUUUUUGUGUAGAAAUCAAGCUACUAUUCAUCAAUUAUUUUUCAGACAGUUACACAAUAAGGGCAUUGAAUUAAGAUUUGUUGGGAUUUAACAUCUGCUUUCUGUAUGUUAAAAAAAACAGUGUUCCUGAAAAUGUAUUGGAUUGAAUAGCUGUACCUCAUUAUUCUUUCGACUUUCGUGAAAUGUUAGUCUAGGUGGUAUUGCAUGGAUGUGUACUUAGUGCCCCUUCUGGGAUUUAUAUCUCUCCAAGUUGAAAAAAUAUUACUUUACAAAGUUGUAAAGAGAACAUGAAAUUUUGGAUAUUAAACCUAUUCUUUACGUUUGCUUUAUGAUACCAGUUAGAACUUUCGACAUUUCAAUUCAGUUCCCAUAAAAAAACACAAAAACAUGUAAGGUAUCAAAGACUUAUCAUUUCUAGGGACUGAGUAAGUUUUUGGUAAAAUUUAUAUAUAGAACAGAAAACAGAGAGGAUAUGUGAUUAAUAUAUACAAUUUAAAGAAUUAAAAUCACGAUAAGGAAGUUUGGUAGAAAGUAUGAUAUAUAUUACCAACCUAUCAGUCAUUCAAAGUGUCCUUGUCAAAUUCUUCCUUGUUGAUACACAAUUGGUGGAUAAUAGCUUACAUUUCUGGAUAUUCAAUGUAUCCCGAGUUCAUUUUCAUACUCGCUAAACAAAAUUUUCACUUUUUAAAAGGCAUACUGCUGCUGUGUUUGUAUUUUCUGUACAGUGAUCUGGUGUGGCGUGGAUGUCGCACCAGACUACUGGGAUUGUUUUGUACCAUAAACAAUAUGUCCUUCAUUGUGUGUUGAUCCCCACCUUAUUGUACCUUUUUUUGGUUUGGAAUAGAGGUCAGUCUUUAUGCUGAACAAGGAAACUUUUUGAGGCAUCAAGUUGAAAAGAAAAUAAUUCAUAUCAGGUGUAGAGUUAUUGUUUAUUAAGAAUGGCUACAAAACAAGUUAAAAAUAAAUCAUAGAGAGAAAAAAUGCAUUUAUCAUAAAAUCAUGGUCAUCAUUAUCAUUGCAUGGUGUUAAGGUCAUACUUAUUGUAACAGGGAACAAACAUUCCCAGACAGAAGUCAGUCUGUAGACUUCGUUAUAAUACUUACUUACAUUAUUUAAAAAAGUGAAAAAAAAUAUGCAAGCCAUAUAUCCUACACUAUCUGGAACAUAUUGGUACAUCUUUAAACUUAUAUUAUUUAUAAUAAAACCCUUUAUACAAACAUG